CUGGGGAAGGGGGGCAUGGGCGGAAGAGAUCGGCUGACGCCGGGAGAGCAGGGACCCGCGGCUGCGCCCACGGACGGGAGUACAAAGGGUCUGUUGUCACACGGCCGGUGCUGCAGAUCGUUUCGGACAAACUGUCAGUUUCUCGGGGGUCUCUCGGGCGCACGUAGGCACCUUCGUGCGCCUUUAAAUGUGAUUCUACGGGGGCGAGCUACGUUUAUAUAUUUAAGGACACUUGUGAUACGCGGAUUCAGAAUGGCUCAGCGUCCUCAGAACUACGGGUCUACGGAUCACCGGGUGGAUGUACCUGAAAUAGGAUUUAGUCCUACCGAACUUUAUAGUCUCUGUGAAAAUAUUACCACUAACAUAUAUACGAUUAACGCGAGUUGGAAGAUUCUGGAAAGAGCUUACAAAAACAUCGGAACCAGCAAGGAUAAUCAAGGUUUAAGAGACAAAGUACACGUGACGCAAUCGAGUACCAACCAGGUGGUCACGCAGAUAAGCAAGGACAUAGCGAGACUGACGGUGUUGAUGAGGCGUGGGGAGAAGCAGCAAAAGUUACAAAUUGAAAAGCUCACAACGGACUUUAAAGAUGCAUUACAGAGAUAUUCCGAUAUGCAGAAGUCAAUUGCUGAGAAGAUGAAGAGACAUAUUUUAGCUAUGACUAAUAUAGAAAAUUCAAUGGACGGGGAGGAUGCUGAAGAGACACACCGCCUACUUCUAGCACAGGAGCAAGAGCACAAGUCUACGCAAAGGACACUCGAAUUUCAACACGGGCUACUCCUAGAGAGAGAGGAUAGGAUAAAACGCAUUGAGGGCGAUGUUUUGGAUGUGAAUCAAAUUAUGCGCGAACUUGCAGCACUGGUGCAUCAGCAAGGUGAUACCAUUGAUACAAUUGACAACCAUAUAGAGAAUAUACACGGCAAUGUCGAGCUCGGAGCGCAGGAACUGGAGAAGGGAAGUAAUUACCAAAGUAAAUUUCGCCGGAAAGUUUAUAUCUUGUUGUUACUUGCGAUUAUAGUUGCCAUUGUAGUUACUGUUAUUCUAGUCAUUAGAUUAAGUUAGCGACCGUAGCCUCUGCGCUGGUCUUAUUGAUGAACGAAAAGGGUUGUCUCAAUCUGUUUCACAUAUGUUGUUCUGAAAGUAGUUUCUUCAAGGACCAUCUCGUUUUGCCCAUUUCUAUGCAUUGGAGACGUAACAAAGAGAGUAUAGAGACUUAUUUUAUAUCUGCUUACGAAUGGAAUUAUCUCCUGUAUUUUUGGAGAGGUUGGCCAUUUGGGAAUUUUAUAAAACAGUAUUUAAUAAUUUCACAUGUAAACUAUCGAUUUUUUAUAGGCUUUUUUAAUUCUGUUUUUACACCCUAGUUGAAUUAUUACCAAAUAAAAUAUUAGAGCAUCGGUUUAAAAAGGCUAAUAAUGCCUUUAUCAUUUCUCACAUGCCUAUCUUGUACAAUAAUUACUUCAAAUAAUAUUAAUUCUUUUCUAUAUUAUUUCAGUACGAAAAAUUUGUAUUCUAAAAAUUAAAAACCCUAUUCAAUUGGUUAAAAGUAUUACUUAAUAUUACACGUAAAAUAGCAGAAAUUUGUUAAUCUGUUAUAGAGAGUUUAAAAGCAUGUAUAUUGAAAGUAUAUUAACUUGACUGAUGCGUUUCCUUGGCAAAAUCUGUAAACAGAUUUAUAAAUACGUAAAAGACGUACACUUCGCGUGUCUUUUACUUGGAAGAUGAACACAAAACUGCACAAGUAAAAUGUUACCUAUUUAUUGUCGCUACAUGAAGAAAUGAUAUUAAUAAGAUAAAUAUACAUAUAUAUAAUUAUAAUCAAACUAAUGCAAAAUUUUGCAUGUAUGUAUUUUAAUCACACCUGUAUUCGAUAUUAUUUUCAUAUAUCAUUCUAAAUUAUCGAUCGGAAUAAAUCAAUAUUAUUACAAAUAUGAGUACUAAUUUUAUUAGUUCGUAAUUUAUAAAAUGCUAUAACGCAAACAAAGCCAAAUUAGGUAGACGAAAAUUGUUAGUAUUAUUAGUACUCUAUAAUUGGCUUAUAUAAUUAAUUAGAAAAUUACUCUUGUGGAAAAUCUUGUAAUAUAAUUGUAUUAAUUGACUUAGUUAAUGGGUAAAGAUUUAAAUUAUGCGUUUUCUAAACAGCGUCAAAUUAUUUGUAUACUUUGUUAUACAUUCAAACUCAUAGUUUUACCUUAUCCAAUAAAUAAUAAUUCCAAUUUCGUUGGAAAUUUCCUGUAAAAUGUAGUAAAGGUGCUAAUGAACUUACAAAUAAUAAUUUUGUAUUAUUUCAUAUAUAUACUGCAUCUGUAUGGAAUAAUAACAAAAAUAUA